ACCCAGCCAUCCAUCAUUACUGACACUGCUCAGUCAACUCAUCUGAAAGGUCUGAACAAGUUCCCCAAAUAGCUGGAUAUGAUGCUGCUAGUCUCCUUCAGCUUGUCAUUGCUUCUGAUUCCAGAUCCAGUGUCAAGUGUGGGUGCACAGACAUGGCCUGAGACUGUUCGCGUGGUCCUGGGUCAGGAUCUGGUCCUGAACUGCACCUACAACUGCUCCUCCGGCUUCAUCAAGGGCUGCUGGGUCCAGGGGGGCCUGAAGCGGGGCCUGACAUUGGAGGGCCACCAAGACGCGCAUUGUCCCUCCAUCACCAACCUCCAGGGUGACCUCUGCACUCUGUCCCGGACGUUGUCUAGUGUGACGGUUAACGACACGAGGUACAACUACACCUGUGUCACCGUGGACAAGGGACAGGCGAAUCUGCCACGCAGGACGGAGAGGGUGGUGCAGCUGCAGCUACCUCAAGAUACUUCAGAUCUCUCAGGCCAGAUGGUCUCUUCACCAGCUGUGACCACAGCUGCCUCAGAUGUUUCUAAGACCACCAUGGUGAAAAAGGAGCCGGAUGAGGAUCAGGAGUCCACAGGUGUGAAGGUGUUAGCAACAGUCUCCGUUGUGGUUGCCGUGGUGUUGACUGCACUAGCGGCACAUCUGUGCUUGAGUCGUGGUAGAGGCCCGAAAGGAAAUCCUGCUUUUACAUCUCUCAAGACUUCUUCAGAAAAUACUAGGGUUGUCCGACCCACAGCGACAGGCCCAAGCUCAGCAGUAACAGAGAGAGUGGCACUGAGAAUUACACCUCCUGAUGACCAGAGUGAUCACGAGGUUCCUUACGCUGACAUCAUGAUCUCUGUCCGAGGAUCCAGCACACCAGAGCUCACCACUGCCUCCUAUCUGACCACAGGGGACCACAGAGACUGCUGGAGAGAGGAGGCUGGGCCGGGCCUCCACCCCCGUGCUAAUCUCCAGGCCUGCAGGUCUGCUGACAGGCUGCAUCCCUACCCCAGGGAGGUGAACCGCAAGAUGAGCACCAGCUCUGAGUACGCUGUCAUCACUUACUCUUAGAUGAGGUGGAUGAAU